AUGGAAGGGAACAAGAAGGUUGCUGUUGCUGUUCGUGUGCGCCCUGUUUUGCGAGAGGGUGUAAGCCACAUACAUGUACAGGAAAAGUUUGAGCUUGAAGCUGUUCACCGAACAGGUGAUACAACACUGAAAGUGGAACUUCAACGGCCAGGGGAACCCACACGAAGCAGCGCGUUCGUUUUUGAUCACAUCUUUGAUCAGGAGAGCACCCAGUUGGAAGUGUACGAAGAAGCCGUGGUUGAUCUCGUGGAUGCGACUUUAUCAGGCGCAAAUGCGACCAUUUUGGCCUAUGGACAAACAGGAUCCGGAAAAACGUUUACUGUUCUUGGAGAUGUCAAACCAAAUCCACUUGAAAAUGAUCUUCUUACCCAUGAGAGUGGUAUCUUUUUACGUGUGUUAAGCGAUUUGGUGGAAUACAAGGCGAGACAAGCUAAAAAGGGGUUUCAUGUUGUAAUUGGUCUUAGCUGCGUGGAAAUAUAUAAUGAAAACAUCCGUGAUCUCUUCGGAGGUACACCAGCUACUCCUCCUCCUCCUUUGAAGGCGGUCAUGAUUGGAGAAGAGGUACUUCUCCCCUCUCUUAUUAUCAAGGAAAUGACAUCUCUACAAGCGGUUUUUAAUGAAAUUCAACUUGCCAUUUCUCGACGUAAAAGUCGUUCCACUGAAUCCAAUGCUACAUCAAGUCGAAGUCACUGUCUUUUCCUUAUUGAUAUUCUUCAGCAAGCAAAUACUGCACCUCCACCGUCCUUAUCCAUCUUGGAAACAAAGAAGGGAGUAAAAGAAAAAGAGGGAAAACGUAUUGUAUGUGAUGGCACUAAGCCAGGUGAAAUGGCAUUUGAUGGUAUGGUCUACCGUAUUCCUGGUCAACAGGAACCUAUUUUUUCAAGCAAGAUUCUACUGGCAGAUCUCGCUGGUAGUGAGAAAAUUCUGAAGAGUGGUGUUACUGGUGAGGGAUUAGCAGAAGCCACAUCCAUUAACAGCAGUUUAACCGCGCUGGGGAAUGUUGUACACAAUCUUUAUGAAGGUUCUUAUGUAAGUUAUCGUACUUCAAAUCUUACUCGACUUCUUAAGCCUACUUUCAGUCAUCCAAACUCGCGUGUUCUUUUGCUGGCACAGGUUUCACCCACUCAGUUGACAUUUGAUGAGACAGUCAGUACUCUUCACUUUGCCAACAAAGUGAAAGCAAUGAAAGUAACAACAACUACAGGUGCUGAAGCAGAAAAACUCUUAUUUGAUUAUCUUGAAACAGAGAAAACGUAUGACUCAAUUCUUGCAGAUCUUCACAUUUUCGCUGUUGAUUCCCUGUCCAAGAGCGCUGUUAUCCGAAGGAAUUGUCGACAAAACCAGGGAUUAUAUUAUACUGCUGGAGAUAAGGUUAAAGCUAAGGUUAGCAUGAAGGAACGACGCUCUUCCGUUGAGGCUUUUGGUGCUCUUCGUUAUGCGAGUGAAGAGCGCGAUGCUUUAAUAAAAGAAAAACAACGGAUAGAGGCUGAAAAGGAAAAUAACUUUAAGAGAAUGAUUCGUGAAGAGACAGAUAAAAGGCUGGCAGAGCACAAUAACCUUAUGAAGGAGACAAAAGACGGAAUUGAGAAGGAAACUAUGUUCUUUCAGCACGUUGGAGAACAAGAUCUUCAACUUGCAUAUUCUGCAGGUGCUUCUGAGAUUCAAGAAGAAGAAGCGACUGAAUACGCCACGUUGAUGUCUCAGUUUGCAGAAGAACAAAUUGAUUUGUGCAGGAAACUAAUUGAAGCAAGCUACAAUAAACAGGAAGAAAUUAGCAAUCAGCUCAACGUACAGCGUCUCGAUUUUACUGAACCGCCGGAAAUUGCCGAUGAUAAUUUGAAAUACGCCCUUUCCUGUUGGGGCCACACGACAGCGAAGAGGUUCUUCGCAAAGUGUAUGGAACUUCGUGAAAUACAAAUGCAAGUAACAACAGCUGAGAGGGGGUGUCUCUCCCUUGAACUUUGGAAAGCGCAGAAUGAGGCAUCACUGCAAGCAAAACCAAAUCAAACUGAAGGAAUAGCAUAG